AUGCCAGCUGAGGCUGCCACGAUCCAGGCAGCACUGCAGAAUGCACUGGCCGUGCAACUGGCCGAGACGCGACGACGGGGUCGGGACCGCCAGCGCCUGUACCGCGAGCGCAAGAAGCAACGAGAAGAGGACGAGGCCGAGCACCUCCUCGCUCAAGAGGCAGAGAAGCGACCACGGGGUCGGGAACGCCAGCGCCAGUACCGCGAGCGCAAGCGGCGCAAGGCCGCUCUUCUCGUGCCCAUGGCCUGCGCUGCAACGGUCACGCCCAAUCAACGCACCACACGCAAGAAGACGCCACAACAACUCGCCACGCCACAGCAGUCUGCGAUUUUGGCGUUGCAGCGCGAAGACAUUGCUGCAGAAGCUCGCCAAGCUCGUCUCGAGACCGCGUCAUCUGCGCCCACAUCCACGCAAGACGAGAUGGUGGCCGAAUGCAGCGUCGCCCAGCUUGCUCCCUGUCCCGUGUGGGCGGGCCGUGCCAGGGUCUAUGUCGUGUAG